AUGAAACAUUUAAAUGAACUUAAAAAUCAUCUAAAGAAUAUAUUUAGUGGAUGGGACAGUAUUUGUAAAUCUACAGCUUCUGGCGAAAAAACUAAUUUUUUUAGAAUUCUUGAACUUUACGACGAUAUAGAAGAAAAUAUAAAGAAAAAAUGUUCUAUUAAUAAUGAGAAAGAUUGUACAAGGAAUUUUAUAGAAUGCGCUCCUAUAGAAGUAUUACAAAAUAAGAAAAUAUUAUAUGAUUUUUUGCAAUAUUAUAUAUAUCCAAAUGAAGAAUGGUCUAAAAUAGAAGAAAAUGAAAAAAAAGAAUACUGUAAAUACAUUACUCAUAUUUUCGAACUAUACCAUAAAUUAUAUGAGGAGGAUAGUCAAUGGGGAUUAUCACGCAGAUAUGAAAAUGAAUUGAUCCUUUUUAGGUCUACAUUUAAAAAGGAUGAUGAGUUAUCUUCUUUAAAAUUAAAGUGUAACAUUGAUAAUUCACUUAUAAAAUCAUUCAAAGAUGUUAAAACCACAGACAUGUUAGCAGAAAAUAAUUUGAGAAGACCUGCUAUAUCAAAUAGCUAUGACAAGAGCUUUACCAAUAUAAAAAGUGAAUAUGAAAGGGUUCUAGAAGAGCUCCCCUCUUUCCAAAUAUAUGAAGAAUUGAGAAAAGAUGCUGAUGACAAUACAUACAAGAGUACUCAUUGUGAUAAUUUAUCAAAUUCUGACAAUAAAAUUAAAAAUAUUUGUAUAAAAGUAUUAAGAAAUUUAACAAAAUUACCGGAACUUGAUAAUAUAAGAAAUAAAAGCCAUAAAGAUCAAUGUUUGUAUCUAAAUUUUUGGAUGUAUGAUGAACUAAGUAAAAUAUAUAAUAAAACGGAGGAAAAUAUUUUUGAUGUACCUGAAGUUGUUAAACUUAUUGAUGCAAAUAUUAAUAUUAAUAGGGAUUUAAUUAAAAAAGAUUUUCAUAAAAAUAAAGAUGAAUUAAUGAAACAAACUAAUAGUACAGCCAAGUUUGUUAAAUAUUACGAUUUUAGUAAAUAUAAUCCUUGUUUUUUUUAUUGA